CAAAAGGGAAGAUUCCUUUAAACGACACCGUUUUCAGUACUCAGAUAGCUCCAUUCAACAACACAACUCCGAAAGGAGAACCAACAUCAUACUUUGAUUGCUACUAAUACCAAUUUUCCAUUAAAAAUGGAGUUUGUAUGGUCAUAUAAUCACAUUCCUUCAACCUUAAACAUGUUGUCAGAAAUUCAUUCUCUAAACAUUUGUACAUCAAAGUUCACCCUUCAGUGAAUCCCAGUACUCUCAGACAUUGACACUCAGACAAUGAAAGACAUGCAGAGGAGGGUGCGUUUGGAUUUGUUAUUGCAAUUGCACAGAAAUGGUGGACAUGUCGAGAAAGGUUUCAGAUAACGAAACAAAAGCAAGCCAAGUUGCCUUCAGCCAAAAGCUUUCCUCCACCACUAAUUAUUUUACAAUUUACUCGUCACUGUCAUAAUAUUUGGUGUCCCAAUCAAUUCCUUUUGACUAUUUACACACACAUAAAUUCCACUCUAGAUCUACAUUAUCAUGCUCUUGUUUAAGCUCUGGGAGGACGUAUAUUUGGGCAUCACAACCAGACUUGGUGUUUUUCCCAUUAAAUUUGACUGAAGGAUCGCAGAAAAAAAGCUUUCCUCGUUAUCAUGGCGAAAAGAUCUCCUACUCGGGUUAACCAAACGUACGAAACAGGUUGUACGUGGCGAAUGCUUAGAAUCUUUAAUUUUCGUGAAGGUCGUUCAGACAGAAGAUUGGUUUCCAGUAGGAGGCAUUUGAAUGCUCAUGCUAAUGCUGCAGAAAAUGGAAAAUCCAGAAGUAGCUCAGGUGCGGCCUGCACAGUUGAUGAGAAGUGCCUUCAAAUUGGUGUGAGUUCCAGAAGAAGAGAUUACAUCUGUAGAAGUAUCAACAGCAUGGUGAAUGAUGAGGUAGCAGAUUGGGAAAAUGAAGUAACAAAGAUGAUUGUUGAUCACAGAUUUGUCAACACACAUUAUCAAGGCAAAGAUGGAGCAGGCUUUCAGCCUAAUCAAUUCCUGGAUGCUUUAAAGAUUUUAUAUUCAAACAAGGAACUUUUCAUUAAGCUUCUGCAAGAUCCAAACUCUUUGUUAGUAAAACAGAUUCAGGAAUUUCAGAGUUCUCAAGUGAAAGAACCAUGCCAGCAUGCAAGGCAGAAAAUGAUGAGUAGAUUAAAUAAUCCUCAAAAUAGUAAUGCUACACAGUGUGUAAAACCUUUUAAUUCCUCUGAUAGAUCUGAUUCGAGGUCAAACAGAAUAGUAGUUUUGAAGCCUGGCACUGUUAAUGUGGAAAAUUCUGUAGAAACAAGCUUUGUUAGCCCUCCACAUUCGCCUAGUAGCUUCAGUUCUAAUGCACAAAAUACCAGGCUUUCACAUUUUUCCUUCAGUUGUAUAAAGAGAAAAUUGAAGCAUGUUAUGAAAGUAAGGAGACAAGAACAACAGUUGAGGACAACUGAUGGAAUACCAAGUAGACUUUCCUCCAGUUCAAAGGGCCUGAGAGAUGGUAAAAAAGUAAAAGAAUUGGAAAUUUCUGAAAAAAACUCACCAAUUCGUGCCCUUAGUAAUACUGGAAAAUGGUUGAAUUCAUAUCAUGAUUUGAAGAAGAGGGAGAACAUUAUCAUGUUCAAGGAUUCUGAGUUAUGUAUGGGGCAGGAAGCAGCUUCUUUUGGUGAAGAAAAUAUAUUGAAAAUGCACAUUGAAAGUAGGAAGAGUCGGUCUCAGAUGUUGAACUGUGGAAUUGAGGAAACUUUUGAAGAAGACAUUAGUCUUAAAAAUAGUGUUCUUAGCCGCAAUCUGCAUGCAUAUUAUGAUAUUCCUAGAGAUGGCAGAUGCAUGACUCAGAACAUCGACAUGAAUAAUAUAAUCGGAGGAUGUGGAUCUUUGCUGGAUUUGCGUCCAGAGAUCCAGACAUUGUCUUUUUCAUCAGAUGUUUCAUCAAGCCAAUCCUGUCAGAGGACAGAUAAUACUGUAAACAUGGGGAGCAAAGUUGAACACCCUAAUAAUGAAUUUUUCGAUGAACAUUUUACUAAGGAUGACGUUACCAACCUUCCAACCACAAUCAUUCAACCAGAUGAGUCACCAGAAAAGAGAAUGCAUGAAAAAAUUGAAGAGAACAAUUUUGAAGACCUUUUAAUAAGACUCUCUUUUGAUCCAAUGAACGAUUUAGCCUCCUCCAAGGACAUCAUAAGGGAAAUUCUGCAUGCUUUCAACCUGAAACUGGAUGAACUUUCUGGUGGCACAAUCUUGCAUGACUGUGUCAUCGAAUCUUUCAUGCAGGUAUACCAGAAUAGUGGUUUCCCACUUCACGUUGGAAACGUUCAAGCAUAUAUUGUGAAGAAACUUGUGGUUAAAGAGAUUACUGAACUCGUUAACUUGCAUUUUCACCGUCAUCCAUCACCUUUAACGUUAGAACAGCUUGUUGAAAAGGACUUGGCAAGACGUGGUUCAUGGCUAAACAUCCAAGUUGAUGCAGAAGAUAUUGCAGUAGAGCUGGAGAAUGAUGUUCUUGAAAAACUGGUAGUGGAAAUUGCGUCUGAGAUGAAUUACCAUAAACCUAUCUGUACUUAAUCGUUGGAUGAUAAUUAAUAAAAAAAUUACAUUAGCAUCAGUGGAAUAUAUUUUCCAUGCAUCUAGUUUUAACACACAUUUUUGCAUGCGGAUCUGAAUCAGUGUUAGCUGU